UAGCAAUAGGCACCCACUGGAAAUAGGAAAGAGAUGGGGAGGACCAAACAAACUGAGAAAUACCUGACCAGCAAAAAAACCCCAAACCUGUGCACUGCACACAGGUAUAAAUAACCAGAGGAAAACUCUUGCCAAGAAAGUUGGUACAUAGCAACUGGAUGGGAUAGCAUUUAUUUGACAAUCCUUCCAGAACAAAUUAAAAAUACCUUCAAAUUCAUGGUAAUGAAUUAAAGAAUAACUCAGACAGAAAAAGUUAAAGUAGGUGUGCACAUGUAAAGCUUGAAGGCUUUCAGGAUUCACUGCUGCAGCAUGGACUCAUGGAGCCAAUAGGCAACCCAGCAGAAAAUAACACGUCCACACCAUUUCUGUGUUGCAAAAGAAACAUAAUGUGAAUAAAGAAACGGCUAAAGUAAUGCUUUAUUAUGUUUCAGUAAAGAAUAGGACCAUGAAAAUGAUCAAACACUUGCAACAUCUGUAAAAGCACAGACGUACUGCAGAUUUUUUCAUGGGUUCAUCGGUAAGAGACACAAAUCAGUUCAUUAGUCAGUCCCAUAAACACAACGAAGCCACGUGAUCAUUAAGUCAGCGAUGUGGGACAAACAAGACUUCACUUCACAGUGGAAAAUAAAGUAAAAAAAAAAAACAAAAACAAAGGAACUUUUUCAAAGGGGAAAAUAAAAAUCCCAGGACAUUACCCCCUUUCUCAGCCUUCAGUAGAAAAGGGUGCAUUUACCGUAGAAGCGGGACCGCGGCGCCCACUCUCUCCCCUGCCCUGCCUCUGUGGGGGCGCAGCUCGAUGGCUGCGCUGCAGCGCGGCAGGCCGGCGGAGCGCGGGGGGAACGCGGCUCUCCCGGCCCCGCCGCCACCAUAGGGCGGGUUUUGCUGCAGCUCCGCGGCCGCUGGGGUCCCGCUCCCUAUCGGCACCGAGAGUCCCGCGGGCAGGGCCGGGCAGCCGGGCCGAGCACGGCGGGCACGGGAUGACCCCGCCCGGGGUCCGCUCCCGGGCCCCACCCGGGUUUGGCCUCUCAGGAGCGGGGCCGGCCCCGAUAGGAGCAAAAGCACGCAAGACCCGGCCGCGGGGGGAAGGGCGCGCAACGAGCCCGCCCCGGCGAGGGCGCGGCGCAGUCCUCAACCAGGUCGGACCGCCGGCAAUAUAGGGAGGCGCGCCAGAGCUUUUGAAGCAUUGUGCUGCUUGUUGCGAAAGCGACAGUAUGUCUGGUCGGGGUAAGGGCGGCAAGGGGCUAGGCAAGGGCGGCGCCAAGCGCCACCGCAAAGUGUUGCGCGACAACAUCCAGGGCAUCACCAAGCCGGCCAUUCGCCGUCUGGCUCGGCGCGGCGGCGUCAAGCGCAUCUCGGGGCUCAUCUACGAGGAGACGCGUGGCGUGCUCAAGGUGUUCCUGGAGAACGUGAUCCGCGACGCCGUCACCUACACGGAGCACGCCAAGAGGAAGACGGUUACGGCCAUGGACGUGGUCUACGCGCUCAAGCGCCAGGGUCGCACCCUCUACGGCUUCGGCGGUUAAGCUUGGUUCCUGCUUCAGGUUAACAUUUUUUGCAACACAAAGGCUCUUUUCAGAGCCACCCACCAAUCUCAGAUCAAGAGCUUGAAAUUGUU